CCGCAGCGGCUUUUGCUUGACCGCGCAACCAACCAUUUCGAAGCGAUGCGUCAGGUCUACUUUCCUACACCACAACUCGAUUGGGAGCCUCCUAACUACAUAAGUGCGUUUCCUAGCGGGCUACGCUACCAAAUGUCCCGCAUUUCACGGUAGCCAACUUUGGGUUAUACGUUGUGGUUGUUGGCGUCAUGUUCUGUCGGCUUCCAGAAUCUGCGAGACAAUUUCGCGAAACGCGGCAGGAUACAUUUUCCGUCUCCCGUUGUCUAUAUUACCUUAGCCUUCAGCCUUGCAGUCUUCAGGCCGAGUUGACCUACCUUUCACUCAAUUAGUAACGCUAAUAUUCCUCACUCUAUAGUCAAUUGCGAUUUUCGCGAAUCAGGCGUCUUCUUGCAUACUCAUGGACAAUACUGACGAACCCGAGCGAGGGAUUGGUAGGCGACGCCGUCUAGCUGCUACUUAACGCAUAGGUACGCUUGCCAUCUCGCUGUUUCUUAGACGACUUCCGGGUCGACGCCCAGCGAGGGAAGGUAGUCGACGCCGUUCAGCGAGGGACGGACGAGCUACUGCUUAAUUCAUAGCUGGGAUGUUUGAAAAUAUUCGUCCCCAAUGGCACGCGCAACCUUAUUCAACGCUAUUCUCUUGUACCGGGACCGUCAAUCUUGCCGAUUCCCCUAGCCGUUAGUAUCUUCAGUGUGGUGUCUCCCGCCAAUAGAAACAAGCAGGACCUAAAAUUUCAGCAGUUUCAGAGGCGAGGGCUCGCCCAUGGGUUGUGGGGGAUCCAAGGCUCUGGCAGCAGUCGACAACCCUCCACCUGCCCCACCCACCAAGCCCGUAGCACCAAUACCGCCACCAGCCGCAGUAGCACCAGCAGCAGCGGCAGUACCCGCACCAGAAAAGCCCGCGAAACCGGCGCAGCCAACGAGCGCAGCUGUAGCAGCAGCGCCUUCAGUAACUGAACCCGUCAGCCUAGCUAAAGCUCCCGAUCCCCCCUUAGACGCUUUAGACGCUUCAGUCGCGCCCAUCCAACAAGACCCUCUUGUCGUGCUACAGGAGUCGCUGCCCGAGCCGGCCGUUCCCGUUGCACGUGAUGCUGCCCUUGAUGUUUCCGGGGGAAAGGCGGAGGCAGCGCCAGCAGCAGCCGCGGCGGUAGAUCCCCCCCAACCUCCUGGCGCAGACCCUGUGGAAAUAGGUCUGUCCGCGGAGGUUAGCCAUUCCGCGGAGGCCCAGCAGGCGCAAGCUGGCGCCGCGGAAGGGGAAGAAGGCACAAGGGAGGCAGCCGAUGGCGGAGGGGGAAGGUUGGCAGGGGCGGGGGACGGGGAUGAGGCGGAUCAGAGCGGGCGCAUAGCUCUAGAGGACGAGAGUGGUGGGAAGAGUGGUGAGGAAGCUGGGGGGCGGAGUGGUGAGGGGCAGGAGCAUGGGCUCAGCAGGCGCAGUGAGGACGGCGGUUGUCAAAUGUCAAAUGAGAUGAUGGGAGACGGCUUAGAUGGUGACUCAGAGCACGCAGCAACAGAAGCUGCUGCUGCUGCUGCUGCUGAUCCUGCUGCUGUUGCUGAAGCGCCCGUUGCUCAAGACACGUCUGCUUCCGCAGCUGCAGUUGCUGACGUGGCAGAGGCUCGCGACAGCGUGGGCGGGCUAGCAGCAGCAGCAGGAGCGGGAGCAGAUGAGUCUGGAGCAAGCGCAGGUGGCAAUGGCAUUACAGGGGGCAGUGGAAAUGGUGAGGCCGGUGGCAGUAAGGGGGGCGGUGUCAGUGGUGCUAAAAGCGGGGGAAUCCUUACAGGGACUUCUGGCGGCGCUGCAGCAGCAGCAGGGUCAGCAGGAUCAGCAGGCGCAGGAGGUCUACCCCCAACGAGCAACAGCGCGGGCAGUGGGGGGGGAGGCGGCAGUGCAUUGCUCGCGCACAGCGCCAUCUCCCGCUCGCUGUCCAAUGACAGACACCGCGCGCACACUCCCCCGCUCCCCCCCCACCACCGCCCCACAAGCUCCCCCUUGCAAGGCCCGAGCCACCACCAGCAGCAGCAGCAGCACGGGCACAGCCAAGCUUCAAACCACUCACAGCAGCAACAGCAGCACGAGGAGGCCAGGUCAAGUCCUUUGGCCCCCUCACAUCAGCAGCAGCAGCAGCAACAGCAGCAGCAGCAGCAGCAGCCGGUUUCCAACGAGCGGAUAGGCAGCAGCCUGCUAGGCCGCUCUAGCUCCAACCGAUCCAUGGGCCGACCCUCCACCCAACCCAACACCCCGAAGCACUCCCCCUCCCCCAACUUUGCCGCCUCCCCAAACCACUCCGCCUCCCCCCAGGGCUUUGGCCUGCUCCGCUCCGCCAAAUCCAACCCCCACAACCCCCUCCCCUCCCCCCGCCAACCUGGAACCCCCCUCCCCCGACCCCCCUCCCCACCCAUGUCCCCCCAUGGGAUACUCCGCGUGCCUGGCUCCCCCGCACCCCUCUUUGGCGGAAUGGCGCUCCCCCUGCCCUCCCCCCAGUCCUUUGGCUCGUCAAAUUCGACUGGUGGAGGCGCAGGGAUAGGGGGGGGCGGAAGCGGGAGUAACAUAGGCAGUAGUAACCUUGGUGGAGGAGGGGGUAUGGGGGGGAGUUUCCGCAGAGUCGGUACGGGCAGUGGUUCUGGUGUUGGUGGUGGUGGUGCUGGCAGUGGUGGCGUUUUGCCCAAGUCUGGCAGUCAGCAGCAGCAGCAGAGCCAGAGCCAGAGUCAGAACCAGGGCCAAAAUCAGCAGCAAUCCGGAUCAGCAGGUGGUGGCUCGAUCUCUGGAAACAACAACAACAGCAGCAGCAGCCUUAGCGCUAGCAGCAGCAUGCCUAGAAUGCCUGCGAUCACCCAGCAGAACCCCGCGAAUCUGCGUGUGUUUUCGUAUACGGAGCUGAGGGCCGCAACAGGGGGGUUCAGCAGGGAGAAUCUGCUGGGGGAGGGCGGGUUUGGGGGCGUGUACAAGGGGCACGUGGACGCGUGGCCUAUAGACGGCGUGCCUAUAGUGAUGGGACAGAAGAUUGUAGUGGCGGUCAAAAGGCUCAAUAAAGACGGACUGCAGGGCCACAAGGAGUGGCUGGCGGAGGUGAACUUUCUAGGAAACAUCCAGCACCCGCGGCUGGUGCGGCUGCUGGGGUACUGCGCGGAGGAGGACCACCGGCUGCUGGUGUACGAGUUUGUGCCCAACAAAUCCCUGGAGGACCACUUAUUCAAGACCGGCUCGAAGGGCGGGCCUGGGCUGGCGUGGCUGGAGCGCAUCAAGAUUGCCCUGGAUGCGGCCAAGGGGCUGGCGUAUCUGCAUGACGAGACAGAGAACCAGGUCAUCUUCCGGGAUUUCAAGGCGGCCAACAUACUGCUGGACAGCGACCUGCACGCCAAGCUCUCAGACUUUGGGCUCGCCAGGGCGGGGCCAGAGGGCGACCGCACGCACGUCAGCACACAGGUGGUGGGCACGGUGGGUUACGCGGCCCCAGAGUAUGUCUUAACGGGCCACCUGACAGCACGCAGUGAUGUGUGGAGCUACGGGGUGGUGCUGGUGGAGCUGCUGACUGGCAGGAGGGCGCUGGAUGAGAGCCGCCCAAGAGAAGAGGUGUUUCUCGUUGACUGGGCCAAGCCAUACCUUGCAGAGACCCGCCGUCUCUUCCGCAUCAUGGACCCAGGGUUUGAGGGCAAGUACUCUGCUAAGGGCUCACAGAAAGUGGCUGCGUUGGCGCUCUGGUGCUUAGCUAAGAACCAGAAGCAGCGCCCCACCAUGACCCAAGUCGUGGAGUCGCUCACUCCUCUGCUGGACCUAACAGACAAUGCUGGCCUGUCCGCGUCCCCAGCACCCAUCACGCCCCUGCGAGUCCCCCCCGCCUCCCCAAUGGGCUUCAUGAGCCCUGGGCCAGGAGGGGGAGGAGCAGCAGCAGGAGGAGCAGGAGGACUAGGAGGUGGAGGUUUGGGAACGCCUGGUGCAUUGGGCGCACUAGCCAUGCGCCGCGCUGCCGGCCCCCCCUCCCCCGGGAUUGGUGCGUUCCCCUCUCCGCAGUUCAACUCUCUUAAUCCGCCCCCCAAUGCACGGUUCAGCCCGCGGCCGCCGCAGCUGCCGGUGGGGAAGCAGCAGUACACGUCCCCGCUAGUGGCUGCCUUGAGAGUGAAGGAGCGGCAGCACCAGCAGGUGCAGCAGCAGCAGCAGCAGCAGCAGCAGCAACAGCAGCAAAUGCAAGCUGCAAACAGCGCAGGAGGAACGGGAGGAGGAGCAGGAGGAAUGGUAGCAGGGGGAGUAGGAGGAGGAUUGGGAGGGGCUGGGAUGGAUGGGGGUGGAGGGGUGGAUGAUGGAGGGGGUGUGGGGACAGUGAGGGAGAGGGCGAAUGUGGGGAGGGCUGUGCCUCUGGCGAUUCAGGUGACUCGUCCUCGGUUUGGCGCAGGGGCAAACCAUGAGAGAACGGAGGGGGUGAAGUAGCAAGGAAAUUGGCUCGCCUAGAAAGUUGUGUAUGUAUACUGGCGAGGCGAGAAAGAUUGAGAGGGGAGAAGUGUAGGUUGGUGGUGGUGAUUCUGUAGGGGUUACACAAUCUCAAAGUGGCAGGUACAUUGACAAAUUUGAUUGGCUUUCCUGCUUUGGUUGGUAGUGGUGUUAUCAUGGCAAAGCUUGUGGGAUGGGAAGGCUGCACCGAGUUCUUGUGGUAUGUCAAGUAGUUUCGUUCCAUGAUAUGGCUGGCAUCUGCUGUACAGUUCUGUAACCAAUUUAGUCUUAUAAGAAGCUAUAAGAGAU